UCGGGCCGGGAGAGCUCGGAGGCGGUUGCGCGUGCGCUGCCUAGCUUGGUCCCCGCCCCCAGGCGCGCCGGGCUCUCGCGGCACUACCGCCAUGUGUUCGUUAGCGUCGGGCGCAGCCGGCGGCCGGGGCGCUGUGGAGGAGGAGGAGGAGGAGGAUCUGCCAGGACUGUCAGACAGCGGUGACGAGGCCGCCUGGGAGGAUGAGGAAGAUGCCGAUCUCCCCCAGGACAAGCAGCAGACCCCCUGCCUGUUCUGUGACAGGUUAUUUACAUCUGCUGAAGAAACAUUUUCACACUGUAAGUCUGAGCAUCAAUUUAAUAUUGAUAACAUGGUUCAUAAACAUGGACUUGAAUUUUAUGGAUACAUUAAACUAAUAAAUUUUAUUAGACUUAAGAAUCCUACAGUAGAAUAUAUGAAUUCCAUAUACAACCCAGUGCCUUGGGAGAAAGAAGAGUAUUUAAAGCCGGUAUUAGAAGAUGACCUUUUACUUCAAUUUGAUGUAGAAGAUCUUUAUGAACCCGUGUCAGUUCCAUUCUCAUACCCCAAUGGACUCAGUGAAAAUACAUCAGUUGUUGAAAAAUUGAAACACAUGGAAGCCAGGGCACUGUCUGCUGAAGCUGCGUUAGCUGGAGCGCGUGAGGAUCUGCAAAGAAUGAAACAAUUUGCUCAGGAUUUUGUGAUGAACGCAGAUGUCAGAACCUGCUCGUCAUCUACAACUGCCAUUGCAGACCUCCAGGAGGAUGAGGAUGGCGUUUAUUUCAGCUCAUACGGGCAUUAUGGGAUACAUGAAGAAAUGCUGAAGGACAAAGUACGAACAGAAAGUUACCGAGAUUUUAUAUACCAAAAUCCACAUAUCUUCAAAGAUAAGGUAGUUUUGGAUGUUGGUUGUGGAACUGGAAUUCUCUCUAUGUUUGCUGCUAAAGCUGGGGCAAAGAAGGUUCUUGGAGUUGAUCAGUCUGAAAUACUUUACCAGGCAAUGCAUAUCAUAAGACUAAAUAAACUUGAAGAUACUAUUAUGCUAAUUAAAGGAAAAAUCGAAGACGUUCAUCUUCCUGUAGAAAAAGUGGAUGUUAUUAUAUCCGAGUGGAUGGGCUAUUUUCUUCUUUUUGAGUCCAUGUUAGAUUCUGUCCUUUAUGCAAAGAACAAAUACUUGGCAAAAGGAGGAUCGGUCUACCCUGAUAUUUGCACUAUCAGCCUUGUGGCAGUAAGUGAUAUGAAUAAACAUGCCGAUAGAAUUACUUUUUGGGAUGAUGUCUAUGGCUUCAACAUGUCCUGCAUGAAGAAAGCAGUUAUUCCAGAAGCUGUGGUGGAAGUUUUAGAUCCAAAGACUCUUAUUUCAGACCCCUGUAGUAUUAAGCAUAUAGAUUGCCAUACGACAUCUGUCUCAGAUUUGGAGUUCUCUUCAGAUUUUACCCUAAAAAUCACAAAGACAUCAUUGUGCACGGCAUUUGCUGGCUACUUCGAUAUAUAUUUUGAGAAGAAUUGCCACAACAAGGUCGUGUUCUCUACGGGCCCCCAGAGUACCAAAACACACUGGAAGCAAACAAUAUUCCUAUUGGAAAAGCCAUUUUCAGUUAAAGCAGGUGAAGCCUUGAAAGGAAAGAUCACAGUGCACAAGAAUAAGAAAGAUCCACGGUCUCUCAUUGUGACCCUCACAUUGGAUAAUUCAACUCAAACUUAUGGUCUCCAGUGAAAAGGCCACAAAAGCACAACUACUUUGUAGUUUUUGUUGUAGGGGAGGGGUGGGUAGGGAGGGGAGGGAGGGUUUUAUGUGAGCACAUGGAUGAUGGGUCCUUUCCUGAGCCUCCGCAGUAGGAGAGAAGCAUGGCAGGAAUCUGAGGAUUCAGCUAAGGAGGGCACUGCCUGAUCCUGGUGAUCCACCGCCAUAAUCACAUUCUUGGAAGUCUGGUCAGUGAGAUUUAACCAAAUGUAACCCCUGCAUUGAGUUUACCUGGAUUGAAAGUCAUUUAAAUUGGCCUAAAUUUGGAACAGAGAUAGUCUUUUAUUGUUUUUAAUAAGUUUCUUACUAUAAAUUUUAAACACUAGUAAUCGAUUAGUUAUUUGGAUGUUUUAUUAAGCUAGUAACCGUACACAAGAUAUUACAUAUUUUAUUGCAGAUUUACUUUCUGAGGAGUAGUUUUAAUUGUAUUUGCUAGAAUAUCAGGAUAUAAUACAUUAAAAGAACAAGCAUAAGGGACUAAAAUAUGGAAACGAGACCACACAAAUUGUAUUUGAAGACAGCUUAGU